CACUACGCAGCUAGUGUGGAGGAAGCCGUUUUGUGGUCGGUUGAUUUCAGCCAAAAAGCGGGACUUGGCCAGAAGACGCAAGUGCUAUCUACCGGCAGCUUGAUCAUGGUUGGCAAUACGCUGACGGUGAUGGAUAUCCCACCUCAAUAAUAGAACGAAAUAUUGAGUGGGUGGGGGGUGUCCGGGUACACACAGUCUUAAAAAAAAUAAUAGCCCAAUGAUCAUGCGAGGGAAAUUUCCUAUAAAUCCUCCCUUUAAAUUUCACACACAACUCAUAACCCCCUCUUUUCUCUCUUUAUAACAAGUUUUUUCUUAUUGUUCCAUUCUGAAUUAUUACCAUGGUGGACCACGCUUUUAAUGAAGUUGAACUCAAGGAACUGAAAGAAUCCUUUGGACUCUUUGACCAGGGUCAAGGUAUCACUGCCGAAACCCUUGGUGAAAUUUACAAGCGCAUUGGAUUCAACGUUUCUGAAAGCGAGAUUGCCGAACAGAUCCGUCUAGCUGACAGACACCACAGCGGCCGCGUCAACUUUGACGACUUUUUGGCCGUCAUGGACAAGCAACACCAACACAAUCCUGAAGAAGGUUUGUUGGAAGUCUUCAAGAUCUUUGAUAAGGACAAUGAUGGUCUUGUGUCUGGAGAAGAUCUGAAGGAAGGCAUGACCAAAUUCAAUGAAAAGUUCACUGAACAUGAAAUAUCCGAAAUGGUCCGUGAAGCUGACGUCGACGGUGAUGGUUUGAUUAACUAUGAAGAAUUCGUCAAGAUGAUGGUACGUAAUUUUCAUAUUGCCCUUAGAUCAUAGUGCCUGCCUGCCCUCGUAUGCCCGUC